AUGAGUGAGUUUUUCUUUUUUCUUGCGGCAAAUAAUCAUAGCAAUUUUGCAGAGUCGUUAUCGAUAUUAACAAUCAUUUGGCUAAACAUUUGCCAUUGUGCUGGUUCAACACCUCUUGUGAAUCCUUCUGGACUUCAAGAGCCCCAUCAUGACUUUAACUAUAGAGGAAUCGGACUUAACUUGGCCCGUCGUACCACUAAAGAUGAACUCUCCACCUUCAUCGGCCAAUUCCGUUCCAUGGCUCGUCUUCUGACAGGAAUCUCUCUUCAACAAGGACUUGCCGCCGGUUCGAUUCCUCCGGAUGAGCUCAUCUCCGAGUUCCUCAACAUUGGAACACUUACCACUACACAAGUCGCUAGAAUUGAUCCUGUUAAGUUGACGGAAAUGGUUCAAAAAGUCAAUACGUUGUCGGAGCCUGUCUCGAAUGACAAUCUUAAAACUAUCGAAAACCACUAUUUGGCGAUGAGUUCGAUUGCGGACAAAGUUAAGGGAUUUAAAGGAGCAUAUGUGGUUCCUGAUGGCGAUCCGUACACAAACUUACUUGACAAGUUUGUGAGCCAAUACGUCACAUUGGAUAUCGAAUCUCUUGCGGAAAAUCUUAAAGAUUUCAUAUCUUCAAUUGAGAUGCUUAAAACAGACAUCACAAAAACAACGACUAAAACAAUGUUCUACAAAAUACAAUCGGCAAUAACAACAAUCAGUGAUAUUAAGGUUGCAAUGUUUGAUCAAUUUUCUGGAGAUUCCGCUCUCAAUGUAAUCAAAACAUCGUUGCCCUUCCUAUCCUCGGUUUAUUCGGCGUAUUCGGAACAUGAGAAAAUUGGCAAGAAAACCAUCUCCGACAGCAACUUGGCAGAGUUCUCCAAAAGUAUGAGCAGCUCCAGUAAUGCAUCGGAAGAGCUGAACAAGCAUGCAACCGAUCUGAAAUAUUUGAACCAAAUGUUUGUGUAUCAUCAUCAGAAGCAUGGUAACAAGGUGCCCAAGUACAUUCCGGGAUUGAUCGAUGGCCACACUGAUAUUACUGUGAUCUUCGCUGAAAACUCAUGGUUGAAUGAUGCAGUUGAUGGUCAAUUGAAGAAUAUUGUUGGCUCAUUGACUCUUCUUGUUGAAUUGGAGAGCUAUGUUCGUCCUGUGAGAUCUUGGGAUCUUUGGGAGUAGCGACAGACCAAGCCGCCAAGGAAAUAAUGAGAAUUGGAUCACUUGCAACAAAACUGUCACAGCUUUCUGCCAUCAUUAGUCCUCUAGCCGGAAAGGUUCAAGAUAUAAAGAUUGGUUCACUACCUGCUGAGUCGGACAAAAAUUUGACAUUGUUCAAAGCACUGAUUACGGAUAUGGAGACACUGACUUCGAAGUUUGUUGCGCUGAAUGAGAUGGUGAAAACUAUCAACGACUUGAAGAAAAAGGACAAUUCGGAUGCUCUCCAAAGAAUGUCUACAAUUGUUGAUGGCGUGAACAAUACAAAUUAUGAUGGAAAGUUACAAGAGUACAAGGCCUCCAAAGAUUUUCCCGUGAUCAACAAUCUUCUACUCAAUGUGAACAGCUCCAUAUCAUUUCUCAAUAGUCAACCAACCAUGAAGAAAACCGCUGAAUCAAUUGCAGAUGCAUUGAAGAAUCCGGAUGUACUAGCUAUUGCCAAUCAGAUCUUUGAAGUGAUCAACUCGUUGAAUACAAUUCCAGAGAUCAAGCCAGUGAUUUCAGCAAUCAAAGCAUUCCCUGAAGCUACAUCGGUUCCACUUGUAAUUACCUCAGUUGCCAAAAUCUUACCGGACAUCAAAAAGGAUAUGAAAAACUUGCAAACAUUUGUCAGUAAGAAGAACAGUAAUAAAACCAAGGAGAGUAGUGUGGACAUCUUGAAAGAACUGAAGAACGCCACAGUGCAAUUGUCGGUGAUUGGUUCUGUGGCACGUGGAAUUUUCAGAAUGGAACAAGCGUUGGGCCUGACGAAUGAUGUGAGCAAUAUGAAAUCUUUUGAAGCAGUUGUGAAGGAUGAGAUGUCAAAGGUUAAGCUUGACGGAACGGAUAAAAAAAAUAUGAAAGUGUUGAUUGGGCUGGGAGAUGAGUUGGAAAAGCUGUUGAGUGACUUGAAUUUGUUUGUAAAAAGUGUGAAGCCAUCCAACUCGACAAACCUGGCGGAUUUUGCUGGAAUUUUUGAAGCCGCUGCAAAAGUGAAAGGUGUUCCACAUAAUUUUAUGGCAAUCAAGGCUUCAGUGUUAAAGCUGAUGGAAGCUGCAAACUCCAACUCCCUUGCCGGUUUGCUGCCGAUUCUAAAUAACUUGGAGAGUAUUGGAUUGAACUUUUCCUCAAGUUCAUUCUCCAAAUCGAAACAAUCACUUAAAGUGCUAGACACCUCGUUUGCCAGUCUCAACAAUACAAUUAACAAUAGUCGGCUUGCAUCAAAAACCAAUGCACAAGAAGAGCCUGGGGCUUUGGCAAAACAUACCAUCUACAUCGUUGCCAUCGGAAUUCCACUUCUCAUCAUCAUUGCUGUGUGUGUCGGUGUGUGGACUUGGUGGCGCAGAAGGAGUCAGAGAAGGAGAGCAGCCGAGGCUUUUGCUCAUAGGAAUGACCCGACUCCAGAGUCCAGAAGAAGCCAGUCGAAAAAUCAACUGAGACCGGGUCUGCUGUUCUUGCUCCUCCGGAAAAGUGAACUUUUUUUUUUGUAUUUCUGUGUAUAA